AGGUAAGGCCCAUACCAAUGCAACGAACUUUGAGGUUAGAAAUGUAAUUUUCACGUUACCCUCCGGAGACAAAAAGGAGUUCACGGCAAAAACUUCUGUUCACGGAUCAAAGCGAAGAAGACGAUGGCUACGACGUCGUUCCAUCGUUACGCGUCGUCGUAUCGCUUCUCAUGAUCUUCUUCAUACAACCUUCGAUCUCCAUUUACUGCGACGAAGAUGAUUGCUACGAUCUACUAGGGGUUUCUCAAAAUGCAAAUGCAUCUGAAAUCAAGAAAGCUUACUACAAGCUCUCAUUGAAACAUCAUCCGGAUAAAAACCCAGAUCCCGAAUCGAAAAAAUUGUUUGUAAAAAUUGCAAAUGCUUACGAGAUCUUAAAAGAUGAAGCUACAAGAGGGCAAUAUGAUUAUGCAAUUGAGCACCCAGAGGAGGUGUUUUAUAAUACAGCUCGCUAUUAUCAUGCUUAUUAUGGUCACAAAACGGAUCCUCGUGCUGUUUUAGUGGGACUUCUUCUAAUUCUCUCAGCAUUUCAAUAUUUGAAUCAGUGGACAAGGUAUCAUCAGGCUAUUGACAUGGUGAAAAGAACACCAGCAUACAAAAAUAAGUUGAAGGCAUUGGAACUUGAACGCACUGGAGCAUUAUCAAGCAAAAAGAAGGGUGGUUACAAGCUUGACAAGAAAACACAGGAAGAGCUGAGCAAGGAACUUGAACUACAGAUAAAAGGUGCUGAAAAGCCAUCAAUGUGGGGACUUCUUGCUGUUCGUUUUAUACUCUUGCCAUACACUCUUGGAAAGUUAGUUUUAUGGCAUGGAUCUUGGUAUUGGAGAUACAAGAUAAAUAGAACUUCGUAUUCUUGGGAAGAUGCAUCUUACUUGACUAGAAGAGCUCUUGGGGCACCUCCUGAUUCAUGGGAGUAUCUUGAUGAGUCAACCAAGAAAGAUCUCAUCAAUCGACGUUUAUGGGUGAAGUCAAACUUAGAGAUCUACCUUGCUGAGAUGCGAAAAGAGUCAAAGAGGAGAAGGUAAAAUGAACCGGAAGUCAAAGGUUUGACUUUGACUACCAUUAGUCAAUAAACCAGAAUCAAAUUACAGAAGAUUAAAAUUUUUGAUCCAAGUAAACUCAUGAUACACAUUACAACUUACUAUGCCUCUAUAGCUACU